CGACAACAACCGCGACGCGACUCUCCCACGCACUUCAAGCUACGAGGGCCGGGGCGCGAGAGGGAUUCAAUUGUCAGCAGCUGUUGUUUCAGUACUGUCAUGACCGGACGAGGAGGGGCUAAAAAGUCCCGGGCGGCAGGGCCGGCACCCCCCACGACAACCCUGGUUCUCGACAACGGCGCCGACACCAUCAAGGCUGGAUUCGUCUCCGAUGACAAGAGCGACGGCAAGCCUCGCAUCAUUCCGAAUUGCCUCGCUCGAGACCGUCACAGGAAGAUCUAUGUCGGCUCGGAACUCGAAAAAUGCAAGGACUUCAGCGAAUUGGCCUUCAGGCGCCCCGUCGAAAAGGGCUUUAUCGUCAACUGGGAGGCCCAGAAAGAGAUCUGGGAUCGCGAGUUCUUCGACGAUAAAGCUGCGCAGAAAUGCGACCCAUCAGACACCAGGCUCAUUCUCACAGAGCAACCAAAUUCAUUGCCUUCUCUCCAAACACACUGUGACCAGAUCGUCUUUGAGGAGUAUGGCUUUGCGAGUUACUACCGUGGCCUGGGUCCUGUCUUCAACGCGUACCGGGACAUACAAUCCAUCUUCCGAACACCCCAAUCCACCAUAGACAGUCCAGCCCAAGUCAUCCUGCUCAUCGACUCGGGUUACUCUCACACCACCGUUACGCCUAUCCUCCAAGGCCGACCGCUACAUCCGGCCAUACGAAGACUUGAUGUGGGUGGCAAGCUCAUGACCAAUUAUCUCACCAGGUUACUGUCCGUCCGCCACUUCGACAUGCGCAACGAACCAUACAUUGUGAACGAGAUGAAAGAAGCAGUCUGUUACACCUCCCUGGACUUCAAGGGAGACCUGGAAAAGACUUGGAAAGGGACGCGCGGCGAAAAGAGGGAGGACUACUUGAGCGGUGCUGGCAUCGCCAAAGACUACGUUCUGCCCGACUCCCACACGCGCUUCCACGGUGUUGUCCGCGACUACGAGCCUGGUGUCUCGGCGCGCGCCCGCAAGGGCAUUGUAUCCACAGAGGACGUCCUGACGCUACGGAACGAGCGUUUUGUUGUUCCAGAGCUCCUCUUCAACCCUUCUGAUAUCGGCAUCCGGCAACCUGGCAUCGCCGACCUAGUCAAGCAGUCCCUCUUGGCUGUGCCAAUUGGACUGUGGCCUGGCCUUCUGGCUAAUAUCGUAGUUGUGGGAGGAAACAGUCUCUCUGAAGGGUUCUGUCAGCGCUUGCAAACAGAGAUUCUCAAGCGAUUCCCCGAUGAAUGCAGGGUCAGAGUUGCCCGCCCGGAAGACCCUAUCAUCAGCACCUGGUUGGGAGCUGCCAAUUUCGCCAAGCAUGAACAUGCCAGUAAGCUCGAGGUCACCAAGCAAGAGUAUGAGGAACAUGGAGCUGCUUGGGUGGCAAGAAAAUUUGCUGCUGGGCUCGGACUCGACCCCUGAGCAUUUGCUUGGAGUCUAUUAUUGCCAUUUUUGAAGCUUUCCAGGGUUCAUUAGCCCAUAAAGCGAUUGCCAAGCGGCUCCCUAUGCUGCUUGAUUGAGUGCCCGGCUGGAUACUACCCAGACAAAAAUGAGCAGGGUGGGCUAGUACGCUUUGCUUCUUGCCUGUCUCUGGACGUUGAGUGCCAUACACUCUGUCUGAAAAGCGCCGUUCAAUCCGAAACCCUGCCGUGCCAUGCCAGAACACCAAGACUCUGUCUCGAUGGGCUGGGUGUAUAGACUGGGUGUUGAUCUUGAUUGAGAUGCACUGGGGCAAAACCGCGCAACUGAUCUCAGCUACCUACAGCUCUACACGGAAAAGCAGGUAUCAGAGUUUCUGAGGGCGAGCUACUUGCCACCCUUGUGAUACCCAUGAUGCUGCCUUUGAGACCAAAUCACACCAUCGUCCUCAUCAGUGGUUUGUUGUGAUCGCCUGCAGCUUCUUUAUUUUAAACAAACUUGGCUCAGACGAAGAAUUUGGCCCAUUUCACCUCCAAAGGUGCAAAUAACCCAAUAUAUAUGAAGCUCUACUCUAUCAAUCGGAUCUUGCCCAAGCCUAGCUUUUCAGCCUCUGCAUUCAGAGCAUCAAUCUCUGCCUUGGCAUAUGGUAUGCCAUCUUUCAAUCUCUGCUCCUCGUUCAGCUGCUCAAUCUCGCCCGGGAAGUAAAUUCUGUCGACGCCAUGCAUCUUCUCCGAGUUCACCGCUUUCUGGUAUAGGAUAUCCAUGCGUUCCCUGAACUCGUCCAGGCUCAUGAACAAGUCAGGCUUGAUGGCCACGAAGAAGUGGCCAACGUCCCCCGGCUUGGACAUAUCAUACGGCCCCGUGACGCCUCCAGCAAACGCAGAACCCGAAAGCACGCCGGAGAAGACAUCCAUCAUGAUCGCCAGCGCCGACCCCUUUGGCCCACCCAUAGGCAGCAUCACGCCUUCCAGCGCCUUGGCCGGAUCAUCAGUUUGCUUGCCCUCCCCAUCCAAAGCCCAGUCAGUCGGUAUCUUCUCUCCCCUCCUCAGCGCCUUAUAGAUCUUGCCCCUCGCUGCGACCGACGGGGCCAUGUCCAAGAUGAACGGCUUCGACCCCUCGCCCUUCCCACCCGGCGCUCCACAGGCGAUGGGGCUUACACCCAUCAUCUUCUCCUUGGAACCCCACACGGGCAGCGCAGGCGACGAAUUGGUAAAAACCAGACUCAUCAUGUCCGCAUCCACCGCUUGCUUCACAAUCCAAGCGGACAUGCCAAAAUGAUUGCUAUGCUUGACGCUUACCAUUCCAAUGCCAUAGACGCCCGCCAUUUUGAUGGCGGUGUCCAUGCCCAGGUGCGCGGCGGGGAAGCCGAAUCCGUUCCUCGCGUCUAUUUGGGCGACUACGGGCGUGAUCUGCUUUAGUUCCGGCUCGGCGGCUGGGUCCAAAACCCCGCUACGCACGCGUGAGAGGUAGGAUGGCAAUCGCAGGAUGCCGUGGCUUUCAACGCCGCGCAGGUCAGCUUGGACGAGCCCAGAGGCGGUAAUUUCGGCGUUCUUGGCGGACACGCCGGAGGCCGUUAAAAGGGCGGCCGCAAAGGUUUUGGCAUCGUGGUGGUUGACACGGACGAGGUUGGGGGUUUCUGUUGUUGAUGCUGUCGCCAUGGUUGUGGAGGGGUUAUUGCUCGACUGGCGGGGGUGCUUGAUCGUGGAAGGUGGUAUCAGUGGUGAGGUGGUCAUGUGCCCUCUUUUAAGAGAUGGACGAAUGCCCGGGUAUCGGCAGUGAUGCGGGGAAGGCCUUUUUAGUGGAAUUCUUGUGGGCGUGAGCGAGGGAGCUACGGAUGGCAUCGGAGGCUGUCAACAAUAACCAGUUCAUGCCAUCGUUCGAAUUUUUCUUCCCUUCUGCCUCUGGCCUCAAAGGUUCAAGUUACAGUCAUCUUCGUCUACAAAAGCAAGCCAAGAUGGGGAAUGACACAUUAAACCGUCCCACUUGGCAAGAAAGACUGCAGAGCCAAGGACCAUCUCCCGCUGUAGCCAAGCAAACCCCACGAUUUGAUGCCAAGAUAUGUAUCCAUCCUUAACGACGAUCCUCAAAUGUCCUUUUCCUCGGGCCGCGAAUAAGCUCUCAAUGAUUGCUAAGUCGCACGGCCAGAUCAAGCUGGUCGAUAUAUCACAUCUCAGAGCACUCUUCCCCUCUUGCAACAUCCUACUAUGCAGCGGUUCCCUCCGAAAACUCCCGCUUGCGCCUGUCAUACAUAACCUCUCGAUACUCAAGGAGGAGAUCCGGGUUCUGAACUCGGUGUCGCUCAAACCCGACCAUACAAGAACGGUCCUGAAGACCAGGGUGAGACGCGUACAUAGUACACUACUGCGUCGACUCGGAGGACUUGUGGGUGUCCCCCUGCAAAACGGUCCUCGUCUAUGCCUAUAACAGCACUCAUGGCCGCACAAGCGACGAUCUUAUCAAGUGUUGCCACGCGUUCCGAAUGCGGGGAAAUUGAAGCAUCCGGAGCUUAAGCCGAGCGGUAAGAGCAAGCUCUUUUAACCUAAGAACAACUGAGUAGGCUCGCUACAAAACUACACCGACAUGAAUUCGUAUGAAGUUCACUUGUGCUCGUCAACCCCGGGUAUUCGGAAGCUAUUGCAAUGUUUGGCAACAGCAUCAUGGUCUCUAUAGAGACCAUUGCUUUGUUCUACUCUUUGGUCCAAAUAUUGAGCCGACCGGUGUAGCCACCUGCCAAACAUGGAAAUAAAGUCGCCAUGCACAUCAGCGCUACACUCUU